CAAUUCUCCACAGAGGAAGGAAAAUGAGACUGAGCGCAGAUUUUUCUAGCAAAAACAUACAGGAAAUGCGAGGUUCACAUUUUCGUCUGCAGAUGUCAAGUCCAUUCACGCUCGCUCGAGAACUUAGUUCACUCAUUUGCCAAAAGAUGGCAGCUGUCCUCUGCGUAGUUCAAGCAUCCGGGAACCUCUCCAUAGUAGACAUGGCGGGUAUUAACUUGCGUGAAUGACGAAACUAGUAAAGGUAAAAAUGCAGAAUGUAGCACAAGGAUCCUCUUCAGAUAAUCAAAAACUUGAAAAAGUGAAUGUUCACCACGAUAUAGGGAAAUCGUCGACUCCCAUAUCUUCCAACUCAAGCCCGACCAAGUCUGAAACAGAGACCUAUUCGGAGCUGCAACCAAGAUUUAUGACCGAUUCAUCAGAAAGUGAGGAGGACGACGUUUCUGAGGUUGAAUCCUUUGUGAUUGACCAGGCUGAGUUGGACGAGGAGUCGCGCCUGGAAACAUCCAAGUUCCUGCUCUCUCCAGAGGACACUGACCACUCGGUUGAUCCUGAGACGCAGGCCCGGCUGGAAGCUCUCUUGGAGGCAGCAGGUAUUGGGAAGCUCUCGACAGGUGACGGGAAGCAUCUUGCUGACCCUGAGGUGUUGAGACGAUUAACAUCCAGUGUUUCCUGUGCGUUAGAUGAGGCUGCUGCUGCCCUCACUCGCAUGCGAAGUGAAAAUCCGCGGCCUCAACCUGAAACUCGAUCAUUGGUUGAGGCGUGCACAGACGGAGACGUAGGGACAGUUCGCAAACUACUCACAGAGGGAAGAAGCGUGCACGAAACAACGGAGGAGGGGGAGAGCCUUCUUUCCCUGGCCUGCUCAGCAGGGUACUACGAGUUAGCCCAGGUGUUGCUAGCCAUGCAUGCAAAUGUGGAAGACCGAGGUAUCAAAGGUGACUGUACUCCACUUAUGGAGGCAGCCUCUGCUGGUCAUGUGGACAUAGUUCGCCUCCUAAUUGCCCAUGGUGCUGAUGUGAAUGCUCAGUCGUCUUCUGGUGAGUUAAAUGCUCAGUCUUCUUAUGGCAACACCCCUCUCAUGUAUGCUUGUGCGGGUGGCCAUGAAGAUGUAGUGAAGACCUUACUGGAGGCAGGUGCAAAUGUGGAAGAUCAUAAUGAAAAUGGCCACACCCCUUUAAUGGAGGCUGCUAGUGCAGGGCAUGUGGGAGUUGCUAAGAUCCUGUUGGAACAUGGUGCUGGAAUUAACACCCAUUCCAAUGAAUUCAAAGAAUCUGCACUCACCUUGGCCUGUUACAAAGGGCACCUGGAUAUGGUUCGGUACCUUCUGGAAGCUGGAGCAGAUCAGGAACACAAAACGGAUGAAAUGCACACUGCUUUGAUGGAGGCUUCCAUGGAUGGACAUGUGGAGGUUGCCCGAUUAUUGUUGGACUCUGGGGCUCAGGUGAACAUGCCCACAGACAGCUUUGAGUCUCCUCUCACGCUUGCAGCCUGUGGGGGUCAUGUUGAUCUGGCCAUGCUGCUUAUAGAGCGAGGUGCUAACAUAGAGGAAGUAAAUGAUGAGGGCUACACACCACUUAUGGAAGCUGCUCGUGAAGGCCAUGAGGAAAUGGUUGCAUUGUUGCUGAGUCAAGGAGCGAACAUCAAUGCUCAAACGGAGGAAACGCAGGAGACAGCCCUGACGUUGGCAUGCUGUGGGGGCUUUACUGAUGUAGCUGAUUUUCUCAUCAAGGCUGGAGCAGACAUUGAGCUAGGAGCCUCGACUCCCCUCAUGGAAGCAGCACAGGAGGGCCACUUGGAGCUAGUGAAGUAUUUGCUAGAAGCCUCUGCAGACGUACACGCUCAGACCCAAACUGGUGACACAGCUCUGACAUACGCUUGUGAGAAUGGCCAUACUGAUGUUGCUGACCUCCUCCUUCAGUAUGGCGCUGAUUUGUGGCAAUUUGACCUUGAAAUGUCAGAUAUACUGAGUCGUCAUUGUGAUCGUAAAGAUCCCAGGACGCAGGGUGAAAGAGAAAAUCCCGAUUUUUGGGGCCUCUUGGAGUUGGCACAGGAUCUGGGAGGUCGAACACUUGGGGAGUUAACUAAUACAACAGACACAAAGAAAAAGUUAUGCCUCUUUUCCAGUCAAAAAGUCCAGGUAGAUGACAUUAGUUGGUUUGCUGUCAAGGUUUCUAAUCCAAGUUUGUGUACAAGACAGCAAGUUGGUGGUGGUGUAUCUGUUUGGGACAAAUCCAUGUUGUUCUGGUGGUAUGAGACCUUUGUGCUGGGCAAAGUCUAUCAGUUUUACAGGAAGACACUCCACAACAACAGCACAGGUUUUCAAGUGUAUAGAAGGGAUAGCAUCCAGGCCUGAAAUUCCGAACAUGAGUCGGAAGGGGGCAGGACCCCACUGAUGAAAGCCUGUCGUGCGGGUCAUCUCUGCACUGUUCAGUUCUUAAUAUCUAAAAGGGCAGAUGACAAUUCAACCAUGUUGAUUGAAGCAGCCAAAGGUGGUCACACAAAUGUUGUCCAACUGUUGCUUGACUACCCACAUUCAAUCAUGAUGACUACUCCCCACCCACAUGGUGUGGCAGGGGCUCAACCCGCCCAGGCGACUGCUGGUGUGUCAAGUACUGCCGGCUUGCAUGAGGUCCCUGAAGCAGUGCGUGUGGUGCCACAAGAAGAUUUGCAAGUGACCUCUGGCCAAGCAGCUGGACCAGCAAAAUCAACUGGCAGCCAAGCUGGGCGUCUUGUUGAGCAUAUGCCUACCCAGCAAAAGCAUAACACUCAAAAGUCUUUGCUGCGCAAGAGUCGUUCCUCUAUUAUGAUGAAUGAAAACAACCUGACUUCUGCCGAAGUCCAGCAGGUUCGGAACCAACCUCUUGGAGAUAGUGCUGGUGGAAGUGUCCCUUCCAAAGAUGAAAGUAGCCUUGCCGAUAAGGGCAGUACUGUGAUUCCCUUGGAAACUGGAGAGAAGGCACGGAAGCAGCAGUCUGUACGAGAAGAUCAGGCCUUACAGAAGCAGCAGAUUCUCGAGGAGUUGCAACCGCGCGCUGCGUGUGUGCAGAGGGUGGAGCGGGAGCUUCAGGAGAAGGGCCCCUCCUCUCAGCUGCUGCUGACGUCCCCUGCUCCAGAGGGCUCUGCCCCAUUGGGCUCUGCCCCAUUGGGCUCUGCCCCAUUGGGCUCUGCCCCAUUGGGCUCUGCCCCAUUGGGCUCCGCCCCAUUGGGCUCCGCCCCAUUGGGCUCUGCCCCAUUGGGCUCUGCCCCAUUGGGAUCCCUGGGCCUUGUGCCCAGCCUCAACAUUGAUCUGGCCUCUCAGCCUAUGCCUGCACAAGGUAUGGUGUGUGCUCCGGGCAUGCCCGGCACGCUGUUCCAUCAGGGCACCAACCACUCUCUCUCAGUCCACAACUCAUUUUACACAGGCGGAAAGGGCCAGCUGCCAACUCUGACCGCCACUUGUGCGAGCAACGGUACUGCGUGUCUGCAGCAGAACCAGGUAUCGGCUACACCCCCCAAUGGAGAGGGGUUUGUUUCAGCGGCAGCCUCCUAUCCUCCUCCACCUCCUACCACGCAGCCUGCGGCGCAUUCUCAACCAGUCAGCGCCACUGCAGAUGUGGUUCAGGCUACGGCAAUCAGUGACCGGCCUAAAGCCAAACCCGUUUCCAAAAAAGAGGGCAAAACUCUCCGCAAGCUGCAGCAACAACAACAAUUAUUACAAAUGCAACAGCAAGCCCAACAGCAAGCCCAACAGCAAGCCCAACAGCAAGCCCAACAGCAAGCCCAGCAGCAAGCCCAGCAGCAAGCCCAGCAGCAAGCCCAGCAGCAAGCCCAGCAGCAGGCUCAGCAGCAGGCUCAGCAGCAGGCUCAGCAGCAGGCUCAGCAGCUGGUUCAACAGCAAGUUCAACAUCAGGUGCAGCAGCUACAGCAACAGCUACAGCAGCAGCAACCUCAAUCUCAACCACAGCAGCUGCAGAUUCAGCAGCAGCUGCAGGCACAGCAGCAGCUGCAACCACAGACUCAGUCACUUCUUGUGCAGCAGCAAGCACCUCCACAGCAGCCAUCUCAACAGCUCUCCCAUCAACCUCAACAGCAAGUGCCCCUGCAGUCUCCAACUCAGAUUCAGCCAUCCACCUUGCCAGCUGUGCAGGCCCAGCCCCAACAGCCAUCACAGCAGCAGCUGCAGCUGCAGGUGCACCAGAUACAACAAGCUCUGCAGCAGCAGCAGCAGCAGCAGCCACAGCAGCUACAGCCACCCCAACAGGUGCAGUUCCAUCAGCUGCACUUCAGCCCUCAACUGCAGCCUCAGGUGCUGCAUCAGGUGGCGCCAGAAUGCGAGGAGCAGCAGCAUCAGCAACAUCAGCAUCAGCAGCAUCCACAGCAACAGCUGGUGCAGACAUCGCCGCCGCACAUGAACACCUCUGUCCUGAAGCGCAGCCUGCCUCUGCCUCUGCCUCUGCCUCUGCCCGUGCCCCCCACGCCCAGCCACUUGCUGGUGCAGCUGCAGCAGCUGGAUGCAGCUGCGCUGCCUGGCCCCUCCGCUUCCCAUGUGCAGAUGCAGAAGCACCUGCCUGCGCGUUGCCUGCAGCAGCAGAUCAUCCCUCCAUCAGCCAUUGAGCACACAGAUCUAUCUGGUCUCCUAGCUGACCAGCAGCAGCGGUGCCAGUUAUUUGCAGCAGCUGCAGAAGAAGCCCUUGCUGAGGUUGAGAAACCUAGUAAAGUAGAUGAAACUUCGAGAAUUGAACUGGAAGAAGCCAUGGAUGAAGUUGCCCAGACCUUGGGGGGCAUUACUCUGGAUGAUGUUGCAUUAGCUGCUGCUGCUGAGCGUGAAGAAUUGAAACUUCUGCAAGCACAGCAGUUAGGUGGGAGCCAGGCUGUUCUGGAGGAAGCCAUUUCUGUUAUGACAGCUUCCCAGGCCCCUGUGCAGGUUGGCUCUGCACACACUGAUGUAGCCAGGGUGGAGUACUUUGCUGUACCUUCCUCAGGGGCCCAAAUUCCAGCAUUACAAGUUCAACAUAGUUCUGGCUUGCAUCUGCAGUAUCAGCAGUACCAGUUGACUCCUGGUUUAACUGUUGCUACUAGUGGUGUGCAAAUCCAAACAGGGGGCUCCUUGGAAGUCACUGGAGGCAUACAGAUUACAGGCAACAAUGCUACUGCUACAAGCCCUCUUCCUUCCACGCCUAUUCUGAAUCCACGCCUGAAUGGACUUCAGACAGUAGCAGGAACCACAUUCCAAUCGCAACUACUGUUGCAGUCACCCCAGAUUGCAUUCUCUGGCCAACCGUUGCCUCCAUCAGAUGCAGUGGUGCAGCAUAGCAGUGCUACCACCAGUAGCUCUACUCAGUACGUGCAGCCUUCCUGCACCGCUCACGUCCAGGUGGCAACUCAGACCACAACUGACAAGAAGGGGCCAGCACCAGUGGCUGCAGCUCCUGCCGGCACAGGGACUGGGGGAGGGAAGGGCAAGAAGCCUCGCUACCAGUUGCCUCCACGCCAGGCACCUGCCCAAGCCUCUCAGAAUAUCUCCCAGCAGAACUACCAGAUUGAUCCGAAUGCAGGUGUUCAGUACACUACCAGUGGCUAUGGAGGCACCCAGUGUCCUCAGCAAACCCCAUUCUCUUGCAUGGAUGUUGAUUCUGAAACGGACAGUAACCAUGACACUGCGUUGACCCUCGCUUGUGCAGGUGGUCAUGAAGAACUGGUAGAACUGUUAUUGUCUCGAGGAGCUGACAUUGAACAUAGAGACAAGAAAGGAUUUACACCUCUCAUACUGGCUGCAACUGCUGGCCAUGAGAAAGUUGUUGAAAUACUUCUUAAUCAUGGGGCAGACAUAGAAGCGCAAUCUGAAAGAACAAAAGAUACACCACUGUCACUUGCCUGUUCAGGAGGGCGAUAUGAGGUGGUAGAAUUGCUGCUGACACGUGGUGCUAAUAAGGAACAUCGCAAUGUAUCUGAUUAUACUCCGCUGAGUUUAGCAGCAUCUGGUGGUUAUGUGAACAUCAUUAAGUUGCUGUUGGCUCAUGGGGCUGAGAUAAAUUCACGCACAGGAAGUAAGCUAGGCAUCUCACCUCUCAUGUUAGCUGCCAUGAACGGUCAUACAGCUGCUGUGAAAUUGCUGUUGGACAUGGGUAGUGACAUCAAUGCUCAGAUUGAGACUAAUCGCAACACAGCUUUGACAUUAGCUUGCUUUCAAGGGAGACAUGAAGUUGUCAGUCUCCUAUUAGAUCGCAAAGCCAAUGUGGAGCACAGAGCAAAGACUGGCUUGACCCCCUUGAUGGAAGCUGCAAGUGGAGGUUAUGUGGAGGUAGGCAGAGUGCUCCUAGACAAAGGUGCAGAUGUAAAUGCACCUCCUGUGCCUUCCUCUAGGGACACAGCACUAACCAUUGCUGCAGACAAGGGUCACUGCCGCUUUGUGGAGUUGCUGUUAUCAAGGGGAGCCCAAGUAGAGGUGAAAAAUAAGAAAGGCAAUUCACCUCUUUGGCUAGCAGCUAAUGGAGGUCAUUUGAAUGUAGUUGAAUUAUUGUACAAUGCUGGAGCUGACAUUGAUUCCCAAGACAAUAGAAAGGUGUCGUGUUUAAUGGCAGCAUUUCGAAAAGGCCAUAUGAAAGUUGUGAAAUGGAUGGUAAAUCAUGUCACUCAGUUCCCAAGUGAUCAGGAAAUGACAAGAUAUAUAUCUACUGUCAGUGACAAGGAACUUCUGGAGAAGUGUCAAGAUUGUGUAAAGAUAAUUAGAGCAGCCAAAGACAUGCAGGCAGCAAAAGCCAAUAAGAAUGCUAGUAUUUUACUUGAAGAAUUAGAUAUGGAAAAAACAAGAGAAGAAUCUAAAAAAGCUGCAGCUGCCAGGAGAAGAGAACGUAAGAAGAAAAAGAAAUUGGAGAAGAAAGAAGAAAAGCGUAAGCUCCAUGAAGAAAACAAGAAAAACGAGAUAAUAUGUCAAGAGAAUGAAGAGGCUAGUAAGAAGACAGAGGAAGAAUCUGUGGAAAGAACUGAAGAACCUGAACCAGAAACAGCAGAAGCUCGCUGCUGCAACCCCUCACCAGGUGCUGAUUCUCCUGUAAGAGGAGGAGAAGUCAUGGACAAAGAAGAAGGGGACAGUGGUAUAGAUGCAAAUAGUCAAGGUAGUUGUAGUAGCAAUGAUGUGAAAUCCAAAGAGAAGCGCAAGGACAAGAAGAAGAAGAAGGCUGGGCCAGUACCUCCUCCACCUAGUGGCAGCAGCAGCAAAGGCAGUGAUAAGGAGAGUUCUCCUCCAUUGGCAAGUUCUUCUUCCCCGGAUCCUGCUGUGAGCCGAGGAGCAAGUACAAGUGCUGCUAAACCCAGAGAACCUGUUGUUUCGGAAGUGAAAGAGAGACGAAGUAGAGAUGUUGAGACUCCAGCACCAGUGGCAAGUGUAUCCAACCAUGAGGGAUCAUCCAAAGUGGGAUCACGGAGUACUCAAGCACCGGAAAGAAAGCCAAAAGGACACUUGGUUUUUGAAGCUUCAAGACCACACCCUGCAGAACGGGAAGAUUUUGAAGCUACAGGCAAUGAAUCCUAUAUUCCUGCUGCUAAAACAGGCAACAAGAAGAUAUCUUACAUGAAUCAUUAUUGUGAUGGGGAAGCAGCGUCCAGCUCUUGUACUGGGAAAAACACUAUCAAUUCAACAAGCCCAAAGCAAGGAGGCAAGAGAGAGGAAGGCUGGAAAGAAGUAGUUCGAAAGCGAGAAGUGGGCAGAAGAGAGGGUGAGAGCAAAUGUGAGCUGUUGUCAACCGAUCGGUAUUUGAAUUCUCCAUUUAGGUCCAAAAAGGUUUCUGUGCCACUUAAUGCUAUAAGUCGUGUGAUUGGACGUGGAGGCAGCAACAUCAAUGCUAUUCGAGGUGCAACUGGAGCACACAUUGAAGUGGAGAAGCAAAGCAAGGGUCAAGGAGAACGCAUUAUCACCAUCAAGGGUUCUGCUGAGGCUACAAGGCAAGCACACACUUUAAUUGCAACUUUAAUUAAAGAUCCUGAGGUUGACAUUUUGCAAAUGCUGCCUAAGUCUACAAAAUUAUCCGUUGUUGCCUCUUCUUCAUGGGAUAAAUCAUCAAGCUCGGCUUCAAAGUCAAAAUCGUCCUCUGUGAAGUCUGGUGGAUCAUCUGGUGCACCCAGUUCCUCUCUCAUGGGCCCUUCUUCAUCUUUACUGACUAAAUCUGUUUCUGCAGUGAUGGGUGCACCAGUUCCACUUCUUCCCACUCUUCGAUCUGCAAGUGCCAGUAAGUUGAGUAGCCCCUUUCCACCACCUGUGACUAGGGGAACAGCUCCGCGCCUUGUAGCUGCAGCUGAAAAGAGAGCAGCUGCUGCUGCAGCUGCUCAGUUGGCUGCUGCAUCCAACACGAAGACCACCAUGUCUUACACAAACGCCAUCAUGACUGCAGGGAGAGCCACUAAGAUAGUGAGCAGUACCACUACUCAAACGUUUGCUGCUAAAUUGACUGAGACAACAGCCAGUAUGCAGCACCCUCCUGGUGCUCCUACCCCACUGACUGGCCCAAGCAAACCACGAGGUGCGCAUACUGCCUUGGGCUCUCAACCGUCUGUGGCAGUGUCGUCCACAUCUCAGCCUGUGCUGCCUCAAUCGCAGGCCUCCUCCACUGUGCCAUCCCCUAAGCACCAUCGACCUCUACCUGCCUCCUCAGCUCCUCCUAGUAUCCCUGGCCAGUACCAGAUGACCCCCAGUAAGGCUCCCUUCUCAUCAGCAGUUGUUGCUCCUUCAUCUGGGGCCUCUGGGCCAUCUACUUCGAGUGUGCCUGCAACAGUCAGUUCAGCAGGUGCACCAUUGUCCACUGCGAGUGCCUCCAGCCAGGGUAGGAGCAGCACACCACUGGCUCAACCUACCCAGGAGUCCCAGUCAGUAGUUGUACCUCCAGCUCCUGCCAGUACCACCAUGGUGUACUCAUUGUUUGAUGACAAUUUUACAAAGGUGGCUCAGCAGUCGAUGUGGGGUCGUGAAAAUGACAGUUCUCAGAAGGGCAUGAACUUUGCUAGUGUUGCUGCUGCUGGAUCCAGCACUGGAUCUGGAUCCACAGUUUCUUCAGCCAAGUUCCUGGACAAUGCACCCCCGCAGGUGGAUGCUGCAAAAGCACCUGGCUACCGAGGCAAUGCUGUGUGCUCGCCUGUCUCUUCCAAGGCCAGCAAUGCCAGCAGUACAACUCCUCCCUCAAUGCCUCUGUCUUCUGCUGGCUCUUACCAGUCCUCGGGAUACUCUUCAGAGCCCUGUGUACCCCAUUCGGCUGGCCCUGUCCUCUCUGUGACCUCCAAACAACAGACAUCACAGCCCAGUCAUAAUGCUGGGUUGCCUCCAGCUGCUUCUGGUGUUGGGGUUGUGGGGCAGCCUCCUUCGGCCCACAUGGACACUGCUCCCUUGCCUUUUGGUGGGCGACCUGUGUUCCCUGGUGGAGAGCUACCUCCUCGAUCUGUUGCCCACCAACAUGGUAUCAUUGUUUCAUCAGCUCAGACUGCUUUGGAGCACCCCACUCUCUACACUCCAUCCUCAGGAGGCUAUGGACCGGAUCAGCAGGCAGCUGGAGCAGCAUUGCUGAAGAUGGUGAGCCAAGGGGAACACCAACAAUUGCAGUCUGCACCUCCUCAGCACGGACCUCCCCAACAGCAGCCUCAACAACAACUUCAAACGCAUGCCCAACAACAACAACAACAACAACAACAGCAGCAGCACUCACAACAGCAACAUCAGGUGCAACAUGCGCAGCAGCAGCAGCAGCAGUCACAACAGCAUCAUCAGCACCAGCAGCAGCAGCAGCAGCAGCAGCAGCAGGUGCAACAGCAACAGCAGGUGCAUCAGCAACAGCAGCAGGCCCAACAACAGGCUCAGCAGCAACAACAGGCUCAGCAGCAACAGCAGGCUCAGCAACAGCAGCAGCAGCAACAACAACAGCAACAGCAGCAGCAGCAGCAGCAGCAACAGCAGCAGCAGGUGCAGCAGCAGCAACAGCAGGCUCAACAGCAGCAACAGCAGCAGCAAGCACAACAGCAACAAGCACAGCAACAGCAACAGCAGGCUCAGCAACAGCAGCAACCUCCUCAGCAAGUGCAGCAACAGCAGCAGCAGCAGCAGCAACAACAACAACAGCAACAACAGCAGCAGGCUCAGCACCAGAUGUUGGCUUCCUUUCACCACCAACAUUCCCAUGCUCACCAUCCUAUGUAUUCACAACCUCAGCAGAGCUUGGGUGUUUCCUCUUCCCCUGUCAACACUAACACCACUGUGAGCAUGUCAAGGCUCAACCCUCGGGCUCCUGACUUCUCUCUCCAACACCUCUCAAACAAGUCUCAACCAUCCAAUAUGUUCCCUGCAUCAGCCAACUUCCACCAAAGGUCAAAUGUCAUGCCUCCGCCUCAGUCAUCUUUGCAGAACUCUACUGCUGCUGGCCUGGCAACAAUGCUGCCUAAUAUCUCCUUUCCCAUUGGCAAGGCUUCCCUGGGCCCUUAUCAGCACCACCAGCAGUUGCCAGCAGCUGGACCUGCUCCCACUUCCAACCUCACCGCCAACGGGCAGCGCUGGCCGCUGUACCCACCCCACCCGUACCACCCGAAUGCCCAUCAUCCUCAUGCGCAACCUGACGUCGUAGGACAAGUGGGCUAUUCAGGCAACAUCAAUACAAUUGCACAUUUGGCUGGUCUGGCCACAAACCUGAAUCAUCCAGGCAACAACAGCCCUGCAGACCUGCUGGCAGGCUUGGAGAAUGGAGGAAUGGUAGGAGGAGGGAAUUCCCCAGCUAUGUCUCCGUCAUCACCUGCUGGAAGCAAUCCAAACCCUGUGGGAGAACAUGGGCACCACAAGCUAGAAGACAGAAAAAUUCCUCGCCCUAUUGGCACAGAGAGAGCUUCAUGGAAGAACUAUGCCAAUGUGGGUUCUGUGGCUACCACUGCAGAUACAGACCCAAUGGGCUGGAUGCUGGGAGGUGGUGAGCCUAAGAUGCCAGUGUCUGCCUGGCCUGGUGCUAAUAUGAGCCAUGCCAUGGACAGGCAUCAAAUCUACAGGCCAAAUCCUUCUCAUUAUGGGAGAAUUCCACCUGCAGAUGACUUACCCCACAUGGUGGAUACCCCGUUCCAGCCUGGACAUCCUGACAGCCAACAUUCGUUCCACAAUGGCACGACAGCCGCAGCGCUGUCCCUAAUACAUGGCCUGCCCAUGCUGCCACACUACAACACAGGUGCAGAUAUGGGGGCCCCUGACAGUGUGAAAAUGGAAGCACCCAGUUGGGAUACAGCCUCUCGACUGGGCAUGACAGACGUGCAAGAAAAGCAACAUGUAAGAGACUUCCUUGCUUCACUUGGCAGUUGCAGAUUCUCUUAG